CAGUAUAUUAUAUAUUUUAAUAAAACUAUGUAUUAGAAGAAUAAAAAAGAAUGGAAUAAAAUAUAUUUUAUUUAUUUUCCUUUCUUUUUUUUUUCCACAAUAUAUAAAGAAGCAAUAGUACUCAAGAAGACAAAUAAGGCGAAAUAAGAAAAAUAAUAAUCAAGUCUCCUUUCAUCGAUACAUACACAACAAUAUGCAAACAGUCAAUUUUGAAGAACUUAAAGAAAUUCAGCAAAAUGAAAUUGAAGCUUUAAAAGCUAUUUUUAUGGACGAUUAUCAUGAGGUUAUAAACAAAUCAGCUUGGAAGGUAGCUCAUGCUGAUCCAGAAUUUAUUUUACAUUUAUUUCCUUUAGGUGUUGAAGAGAAUGAAGCACAUGUGACAGUAGAUCUCAAAGUUAGAUUUCCAAAGACUUACCCUAAUAAACCACCUGAACUACACCUCAUUAAUCCCCGAGGAUUAACUGCUCCUGUAUUGCGCCAAUUAACGAAUUCUUUAUUAAAAGCUGCUCAACAACUUGUGGGGCAAGAAAUGAUGUAUGAUCUUAGUGAUCAUGUUCGUGCUUUCUUAGCCAACCAUAAUUCACCACCUUCAGCAACAUCGAAAUUAACAUUGCAUGAACAAAUGGUAAUUCGUAAUGAACAAGACCUUAAGGUAGAACGAGAAAGAGAAUUAGAGGAAUUAGCACGGAAAAGACAGGAAAGAGAAGCAGAACUUCGUGUUCAAUCAGACAUGAUGAAUAAAAAGAUCCAACAAGAUAUUGAACGAAAACGAGAGCAUGCACGUGUAGCUAGACAACACCGUCAAGAAUUAGGCUUCACUGAUGAUGAAGCCAUCGCCGAUGACGAUUAUUUUCAUUCCCAUUAUGAUAACUCAGAUAAUAAUCACACUCUAGAAAAUUUAGAUAGUAAUGACAUUAAGACUAUCCACUUUGAAAAUCUAAUCACAGUUCCUAUUGAAAAACAAGAAAAUGGUACACUGUCCAAGCAAAUUUGCUUUCAUACUGUUGCUAUUGGACCAUGCAUUGGGAAAGGAAUAAUUGGCGAGACAUUUUCGGCUCAACCACUCAAUUACGACUUGUUAUCAAAUAAAACUAACAACGGUAAUGCUAUCGAUGAUGUUGAUGGUCUUAUUUUACCAAGCUUGCUAGCUAUAAAAAGAGUAAAUGUCACUGGAUCUUAUUAUACAACCCAGGCAGGAAAAAAAAAACUUCAAGAUGUUGAGAGAGAAUUGGAUCGUUUAAGAACUAUUCAACAUCCGCACAUUUUAAAUAUAUAUGAUGCUCGUUUGGAUCGAGGUAAAGUGGAUCGUAAUUCUUGGACCUUAUAUGUGUUGAUGGAAUAUGAGCAAGGCGGCAGUCUAUAUGAUUUGUUAAAAAAAUGUGGAGGUGGCUUAAGAUUAGCUAUGGUUCGAAAAUAUAUGAAGCAAUUGCUAUGGGCAUUAAAUCACAUACAUCUGAAUGGAUUUAUUUGCAAAGACAUUCGCUCAAAUAGUAUUUUUUGCAGUAGUGAUCAGUCUGUCAAAUUAGCUGAUAUUAGUUAUAAUAAGCGUCUUCAUGAUUUAAAUAAAUCCAAUUUUCUGGUUGAAAAUAUGGAUAGCAAUGAGAAUAGUCGAGGAGAACAACCCUCUGCUUGGUGUUCACCUGAAUUACGCGAGCGUCCUGGUGUUUACGGUCGUAAAAAUGAUAUAUGGUGUCUUGGUGUUGUGUUUAUUGAAAUGCUUUGGGGUGUUGAUGUGACAAAAGAAUUUGGCGAUUUUGAUGCAUUUAUGCGUACAGCUGCUUCCGAAUUACCUAUAAUUGCAAAUGAUUUCGCUAAACGAUUAUUAGAGCCUGACCCAAAAAAGAGACCUACUGCAAUCGAUCUUAUGAAUGACCCAUUCUUUAUUGUCGAUAAUGAGGCCAUGAUUUCAGAGCAAGCUGCUUCUCCUGUUUUUUCUUCAAACGUUGCUCCUCAUAUUAAUUCUGGAAAACUUAUAUCAAAUCAUGAUAAUAAUUUAAUGAUCCUUCCCUCACCUGGGUCUCAGUUAUUUGAGGCUUCAGUAGCUCCUCACUUCAACAGGCCCAAAUCUCCUCUAGGUAAUCGUACAACUAAGUCUCGUCCGCAUAUACAUCAUCAUCAUAUGAGCUCAUCAGAAGCAUCUAAUGCAGCUACUGUUAUCAGUACAUCAAGGUACAAAGCUGAUUUUGAAGAAAUCGAAUUUUUAGGUAAAGGUGGCUUUGGAGAAGUCAUCAAAGUUCGAAAUCGAUUGGAUGGUCGAUUGUAUGCUAUCAAAAAAAUUCGAUUAGAUCCUCGUGAUAGUGAAGAUUUACGAAAGAUUUUAAGAGAAGUUCAUUCACUUUCAAGCCUACAUCAUCAAUAUGUCGUGAGAUACUUUGCUACAUGGUUUGAGGAUGAAGAUGGCUCUAACUUUAGAGAAGACAGUGAUGAUGAUAGUUUUAUGGAUGAAUCGGAGUCUGAUUAUGAUGAAGAAGAGGAUGGCCAUGUUAGUGCUUAUAAGCGUCAAUUUCAUGAUUUUUUAUCAGUUGAUAGAAGUAAAAGUCGAAGUUAUUCUGCCAUUCGCUUUGAUGACGAUGAUGAUGAUGAUGAUGAUGAUGUUGACGACGACGAUGACGAUGAAGAUGAAGAAGAUGAUACGAGUAGUGAUGAAGAUAAUGAGUUUAUAUCUUUUAGAGAAAAUGCAGAAGAUGACUCAAAUGAUUUUAUUUCAUUUACUCCUAAUGAUGCAGAUUGUACUAGUGAUGUUACUACAGAUACUGCUUCUACAAAGAAACAGCAGUGCAUGAAAAAGGCUUUCCAAAAUAAAAAAAAAUCAGAAGAAAAGAGUAAUGAGAAGCGUGGACAUUAUCAUCAACAACGAACUCGUGUAUUGUACAUUCAAAUGGAAUACUGUGAAAAGAAGACUCUUCGAGAUGUAAUUGAUGAAGGGAUUGAUGAACAAGAAGCAUGGCGUUUAUUUCGUCAAAUUCUUGAAGGUCUUGUACAUAUUCAUUCUCAAGGCAUGAUUCAUCGUGAUCUAAAGCCUCCAAAUAUUUUUUUGGAUUCAAAUAAUGAUGUUAAAAUUGGUGAUUUUGGUCUCGCAACUACAAAUCAAACCUUGGUUGAUAGUACUACCAUUUCUCGUAACUCAAGUCAUCGUAUAAAUGAGCGAUAUAAUAUCAAUCCUUCCUUAGUUCCUGAAAGUGCUUCUGCCAGUUAUACUGGUUAUUCAGCAUCAAGUGCUCAUAUUGGUAUAGAUGAAAGUAUGACUACAGGUGUAGGUACAACAUUUUAUGUUUCACCUGAAGUGAUGCCUGACCCCAAGACGGGUGCAACAUCUGGUAUGCGUUAUAAUCAAAAAGUAGAUAUGUAUUCCUUGGGAAUCAUCUUUUUCGAAAUGUGUUAUAAAUUUGCAACUGGCAUGCAACGUGUUGUUGUAUUAAAUGAACUUAGAAAUGGGAAAUUUCCUGAUGAUUUCCCGUCAAAUUAUGUUAGCCAGAAGCAAAUUAUUAAGCUACUUCUAUCACCACAACCUAAAGAUCGUCCUAAUAGUUUUGAAUUACUUCGUAGUGAUCUUUUACCACCUAAACUGGAAGAUGAAUAUAUUAAGGAGUGUGUUCGUACGAUUGCUAACCCUAAUACACCCUAUUAUGAUAAGUUGAUGUCCGCUAUGUUUUCUCAAUCAGCUGACCGUCAUAAAGAUUUCACUUAUGAUUAUCAAACAAGCAUUGAAAGUCCCUUUGACCCCUUCAGUCAUAUUUUUUUCGAUUGUAUUCGAGAACAAAUGGCAAAGGUUUUUAGACGUCAUGGUGCUAUUGAUGUGUCAGCCCCCUUGCUGGUCCCAAAGAACGAUCUUUAUCAAUGGAAUUGGAAAAAUCCUGUCUAUCUUAUGGAUUCGCAAGGUAAUUUAAACCAGCUUCCCUAUGAUCAAACUGUGCCGUUUGCACGCUUUAUUGCUCGCCAGAAAGGAUUUCCUGAACUAAAACGAUUCACAUUUGAUAAGGUCUAUCGAGAAAAUCCUAGUGGUGGACAACCUGAGUCCGUAUUAGAAGCGGAUUUUGAUAUUGUCCAUAAGGAAACAACACCCAUGGUACCAGAUGCUGAGGUAUUAAAAGUUGUUGAGGAAGUACUCGAAGAAUUACCACCCUACAAGAAAAAUGGUGGUUUUUAUUUUAUAAUCAAUCAUACAGAUGUGACAGAUAUCAUCUUGGAUGCUUGCCGUGUCCCUCCUGAUAUUCGAAAGGGUGUUCUUGUUGCUCUUUCGAGCCUUGGUCGUGUUCCUUCUUUUGCAGCUGUUCGGAAUGUUCUAAAGUUAAAAUAUCAUUUGCAAAGAAGUGUGUUGGAUGAGUUAUCCAUGUUUAAUGUUUAUGGUGAAUUAGAAUCUAUAGUAAAAAAAAUUGAAGGUCUUUUGCCUAGUACCCAUAGGUCAAAAUUUAGAGAUCAUAUAAGUGAAUUACGAACCUUAUUAGUAGUUAGCAAACAUAUCGGUAUUCGUCAUAAAAUUAUAUUCCAUCCACUUUUAGUAUAUAAUAAUCAUUUCUAUAAAAAUGGUUUGGUAUUUGAAACUGUAGCUGAUACGUUAGAUUCGAAGCGUAAGGAUGUCCUUGCUGUAGGUGGAAGAUAUGAUGUCCUUAUUCAACAAUUUGCCCACCCUAAUGCAUCAGCAAACCGUAAACUUCGUGCAGUUGGCGUAAAUAUUGCAAUUCAAAAACUGAUACGACAUUUGGAUAUGCAUCAAUCGGAACAAGUAAAAUACUUGAUGAAAGCUAAAAACGAAAAGAUGAGAAGUUUUGGUCUUUGGGCACCUAAAAAAUGUGAUGUUUAUGUUGCAAGUUUUGGAAAGGUCUUGAUCCAAGAACGUUUAGAGAUUGUGCAAGAACUUUGGAAACAUGGUAUCCGUGCUGAAUUUCAAUAUAAUGAUGACGAUUAUUUUACCCCUGAAGAUCUUGUUUCUCUUUGUAAAAAGGCAAGCAUUAAUUGGAUUGUGAUUGUCAAACAUAAAAAUUCGGAAAGUAAGUCUACCUCUUUAAGUGAUUCGACCACUGUUAAGGUAAAAGAUGUGCUACGUCGAACUGAAACUGAGGUUAGCAAAUCAGAUUUGUGUAUGUGGCUGUCAACAGAAAUCAAUGAGCAAAUGAGAGUGGAUGCUGCAGCAAGAGUGAAAAGUAAACAUGAAUUGAAAUCAAAAGAUACAACAGAUUCAGUGCGAAAUGAUCCCUUUUCUCAUGAUUUGUCUAAAGGCGAAGGAUUAGAUCAAAAAAAGAUUACUUUUGAUGUUAACAUUAUAUUUAAUGAAGGUCGUGGUAAAGAGCGUACUAAAAUGAAACAGAAACAUAAAUCUGUUUUAACAGAAAAAGCUAUCAAUCGACUUACACCUAUUAUGGAUGAAUUUAAGAAGGAUGUACAGGUGAUUGCACUUGAUUUACCAAAAGAGCUCAUCAAAUAUAUGACUGAGUAUAACUUUUGGCAGGAUGAUGGAUAUAAAAGGCUCUUAGAUCAUGCUGGUAUUAGUCAAAGAGAUACCCUUAGUAGAGUUAGGCAUGUAGUUCAAAAGCUUAUUGAUGCAAAGCAUAAAUGUGUAUGGCUUUAUUCCCAUAGAGAUGAUUAUGCUCUAUUGUGUGUCUUGCCAUAAUGUAUGUAUACGCGUAUACAUAUCACAUAUAUUUAUAUAUUAUUAUUACUAUUUCUAUACAAGAACAGCAAUGCCUAUCAUUACAAUAAAACCUUAAUAUUUA